AUGAAGGUGAAACUGGCUACUCAGCUGCUUAGCAAUUCUGUGGCAGAUGCCAUACAGUACUGUUGUGAUAUGAAACUCGCAGGUUUUGAACAGGCAUCUGCAACAGUAAAAUUUAUACGCAUUUUCAACUCUCUCUUUGAUGUCUGCAAUUCCAGUACACUUUUACAAAGUGAUUUCAAGCAGGCAUUAAAUACAGCAAAUUUUAGUGCUGUAGAGGGAUUUCUUUUAAAGGCACAGAGGUACAUCAAGGAACUCACUGUUGGUCCAAAUCCUCAAGCAAUGAGAGUUGUUGACUCAAAUAGAAAGACAGGGUUUAUUGGAUUCCUGGUGCGUAUAUCCAGUGUUUUACACAUGUAUAGCAAAGUAGUGGGGACACAAACUCAUACCCCUCUAUUGAAGUUUCUGCCUCUUUACAAAUGUUCUCAGGACCACUUGGAAAUGUUUUUUAGUGCCAUCCGAAGUCGUGGUGGUUGGAAUAACAACCCCACUGCUCACCAGUUUGUUGCAGCAUACAAGAGGCUACUAAUUCAUAGUGAGAUCCGUGGAUCAGAAAGAGGGAAUUGUAUAACUUUGGAAGAUAUUCCCAUUCUUACUUUCAGUAGUUCCGAUGUUGAAGAUCACAUAAAUAACACUUCGGAACAGUGGCAGUUACUAAGCAGCAUGGAAAAUAGUGCAGCAACAACUGACAACGACCACGAUUACUUUGCUACUGGAAUUUAUCUCUCUGAAGUGGCAGUCCAUAUUGUAGUAUAUAUAGCUGGAUUUGUGGUGCGUCACUUAGAGAAAACCUUAAAACGUGAACCAUGUUUAUCCGUGUUGAGAGGGGAUGGUAGCCAUGUUGCUUAUUCUCUCAUUCAUAGAAAGAGUAGGGGAUGGUUGGUUUUACCAUCGAAUGAUGUUGUUGACAUCUGGGAAAUACGGAAGCCAAUUGCCCCACGAUACCUCCUGACACGGCAAAAACAUGCAGCCAAGAGAAUAAGUGAUGCAUUGCAUGAAAAUAAAAUCAGGACAACCUAUACAAAACUGGUACUCUUUAAAGGUCAAUAA